AUGACAGUUGGUAAAACUUUGUUCGUUACGUGUGGUGCGACAGUUCCAUUUCCUGACCUAGUUGAAUGUGUCAUUAACGAAAAAUUCAUCGUUGAAAUUAUUAAAAACGGAUAUACUCGUUUAGUAGUACAAUUUGGAACAGGUUAUGAAUCCACAUUCUUGACGCUUUUGUCUGGUCUUAAUAUUGCUAAUUGUACUGCUACAUUAUCCGAUAGCAAGAAGAUACCGAACGGUGAUUUUUCGAUAUAUGGUUCAAACAAAACUCCUGUUUGUAGAACAUUUAAUAAAACCAAUGGCCAUGACGAGGUAUUCAGUAUUGUAGGUUUUGGAAUAUCUAUGAACGUUGAGCAAUAUAUCAAAGAUAACGUCGAUCUUGUUAUAUCACAUGCUGGUACUGGUUCCAUUCUGGACUCCUUAAAAUUGAAAAAACCACUAAUAGUUUGUGUCAAUACUUCCUUAAUGGAUAACCAUCAAGAACAAAUAGCCAAUAAAUUUGGAUCAAUGGGAUAUGUGUUGGCAUGUCAUCCAAAAUUAGAUGAAUUGAUUGAGAAAUUUGAUGAAUCCCAGGUUUAUGAAUUUAAAGAAUUCCCUACAAGCAAAAAUGUAAAGUUUGAGAACUUAUUGAAAACUCUGGCAUAUAAAUAA